CCCGUUAAAACAGUUGGACGGCAAAUCCCAUUUAGUGCUGCGUCUUGGUGCCUUCCGUUGAGUUCCCGUGUCCGACGAAUCUAUUGACAAGGAUCACCUUCGCACUGUUCAAACGUAUGUGUGAGCUGCUCCCUUGCCAAAAAUAUCUAAACCCCUUAUUUAGUCUUGCGCAUAGGCUCCUUGAUUCCUUGGUUUUGCUCUCACGCCCUCUGCGCUUGGUUUUUCUCCUGGCCUGUGAGUUUCUUUUAUUUGCGUCCAGUGACGAGCAUCACUCUGCCUGGUAAUCCUCCCACACAACCACCUCUCAUUUUCGAUUUCAUUAGCAGCUUUCCAUGUUAAUCCUGCACGGUUUCGCUGAUUUGCUCUGGAUACUCCCACAUGAUUUAGCCAUCUUCAGAAUCGUUAAUUUCCAUUUAACCUAGAAGGUCGAAGCUCUUUUCACCAUAAGGGUUGGAAUCGAUUUUUGUCUUUCAUUAAGUUAAAGACAUGACUAAAGAGAAAGCUAACCCAAGAGGACUGGAGGUAAUCGUUGAUUAGCCCCCAAUUUCCAUUUCCUAUUGCCACUCCCAUUACACAAUGCAUCUCUUCCACGAUAUGCAGGUAAUCAUGCUUUUUAUGUGACAUAUUUGAUGAUUAAAUAUAUUAUAUGCUUAUGUAUAGUUCAUAUUUUAUACAUAUUUUCGUGUUCACUCAAUUGCUUUUAAUUUGAGAUGGAGUGUGAAAAUAUUUACUUUUAAGAUUCUCAAUUUUAGAGUGUGUUUAUUGUGUUUGUAAAAAUGUCACAAUGAGAUUUUUUGUUUUGAAUCCUAAUCCUGAAUAUGCCCCUCUAUAAAAAGUGAAGCUCUUUUUCACAAUGUGUGAGAUAAUGUAUAUAAUUUUCUAUUAUCUAUUUAAUAGGAAAUUAAAUUUAUCAAUUUAAGUUGGAAUCUUAUUGUAUAUUCUGAGUACAUAAAGAACAAAUGGCUGGAUUUUUUAUAUUGGAGCAAUUUAAAUCUGAGAAAAAACAGGUACGUAUCUCUUAUUCACUUUUUAUUCAAUGAAGGGAUAUUUAUAGAAUUCUCAUAAAGUGCUGAGGAAAACGGGUACAUAUACUAUUGUUUAGUCAAUAGUAUGAACCAGAUAUAUAUCUCUUAUUCAUUGGUUAUACUGGAGCAAUUUAUUAUUCAUUGAUUCAUUUCCUAUACUGGAGCAAUUUCCUAUUCACUUGAUCAUGAGUAAGUCAAUAGUAUGAACCUGCCUUUUGCCAUUACAUACGCAAGUUUAAAGCAUGCAUGUGAUUAGUACAUACUUCUGUUUUAAGCACACUGACUUUAUUACAGUCCAUUUGUACUUCCAAUUGUGUUUCUUUUUUGUUUGCAUAUGUCAUGUUUGAUAAAAAAUACUUAGGUGAUCUUUCUUACUUUUGAUAGUUUAAAGCAUUUGAAAUAAAGAAAAUUGAUUGAAGGCUUGAUUAUAUCAAACCAGCAGCUUCAUAUCCUAUAUUCACCCAUUUUUUAACCUAUUGAAUGAUGAUAAGUUAGGAAAGUUGAUUGUCAAAAAAGGUAUGAAACUUAUUGACAUUACAAUGUUUUGCUGGUAUUCAUAUAUAGUGUUGAUAUUUAGGAUUCUUGAGCACACCAGAGGACAUAUAAAUUGUGAAAGCCUACAAAGGAUAUGUGGUCAGAAAAGUCUAAAGCUAAUAUUCACUCUUUUUCAUUAAAAAUAAUUCUGGGUGCCUUGGAGUUAACAUGUUGUCUAUCUAAAGAGGUACAAUUUUCACAUUAUGACGCUUUGUACUAUAGUUUGUCUAUCUACAUUUGACCAAAGUCUUUCUUAUUAUACCUUGGAAGAAGGAUAUUAGAACACCAAAAAUAAUUAGUCAAGUAUAGUUAACAUGUUUCUUAGUUGAAUGAUAUUUAUCUUAAUUUUUAAAACAUUUUUUUUAGUUUUUACUAAUAUUUUGAUGAGACAAAACUGACUUUUAGCUUUACAUCAGAUUAUGAGUAUUCUCUCUGGGGACUACCUGAAGAGUGCUGAAAGAAAAAAGUCAAGCAUGAAGUUCAUGUGAGGGGAUAUAUAGUAGUGUAAUCUACUAUAUUUAGGUCCUUUCUGAGACAUGCCAGCAGGUAUUGCAUGGUUCUUUUUACUGAGGUUGCUGCUGAGGCUCUUGUCUUUGGAGAAGCAGAGGGUGGAGAAAAUGAUGAGAAUUUAUUCAAAGCGUCUGUAUUCUUUUAGAUCCAUCGCUAUUUGUUGCUCAGCCAUGGGGGUGGGCAGAGUCUGAGUGUGAUUAUGAAAAGAAUUGAGGAAGCUAUGCCUUCCAGCAGUUGAGAUAUGGAACAUAAGAAGUAUACUUCAUUUGUGCAGGAAUGGCCGAAGGGGUAUAGACUUGAAGCGAUAAUUUGGACGGAUAAGUAAUGGAAAAAACAAGAAACUCCUCAACUUGACAAGCAUAAAGUUUGUAUGACACUUUUCACUAGAGGCCUAGGACGGGAGCGGCUUUAAGCCUUCAUUACUUCACUCAUUUACUGCUUUAGGUAUUCAAAGGUUUUGGGCUUCUGGCAUCAGCUUUCAGACCAUUCGAGACCGGGACAACCUUCUCUCUUUUGACUUCAUUGCUUCUGGACAAGACGUUGUAUGAGGUUCCACCACUUGGUUAGACUUUAGGACGGCACCCUUCCAAAGUGCAAUGGAAGUCACCAACCUAAGUCAUGGGUCUUCUUGAUCGCCCAUUGACCUCGUCCAGGCAAGUAUGUAGCUGGGUUGCAAUCGCUUGAUUUUUAUAAGCCUGUCUUCUCUCUUCUUUAGGUGUGGGAUUCUUCAAUAUCUAUCUUCACUCAACAUGUAGCUAUUCUACGUUUCCACCCACUUCUUAUUUCAUCGUUCAAAGCAUAAAAGGGUUAAUUACUACUUACAAACAACAACAUUCAAAAGAGAUGAAAAUAUUUUUAUUAUAACCGAAUUUGAUUUUAAAAAUUCUUGUCCACACUAUUAUAUUUUAAUUUUUCUCAAAUUUGUUUAUGGCUCGUGAACUUAUUCACACUAGUUAUAUGUUUUGCCAACCAGACUGGGAUUGCCAGUUUUUUUUAAAGAAAUGGGCUUAAAUUGAUAAUACAUCAUUCAGAUAGUAGGUAAACCGACAAAAAGAUUCCUGACAACCGCCAACCCUCGAACCAAACUCAGGGUUUAUCACCUCGACAGAAGCAAUAUAACUCGUUGAUCUAUUAAUGGGCGCAACUGAGCCAAAGACGGUUACCGCAAUCCUUCCAUCACCCACAUCCAAAUUCACAGUAUUACAACAAAAAACAUACCAAAAGAAAAAGCAAACAGUAUGAUUAAAGAAAUUAAAAACCUAAAAGACAAUAAAAUAAAACUCUUUCUCCUUCUUCCAGAGCACCACUUCCACCACUUUCCAGAAUCUCUUAUCUAGUUAUCUGUUUCUGAUACAACGGUGGCGGUUCAGGAGGAGGACGAGCCGGCUGUACCGUACCUUCUUCCUCACUCUGCCUCUUAUUCAUCGCGUUCUCUGUCAAGCCUCCACUUUCACCACCAAUCACAGAUGACCUUGAAUCCAGAUAUGUUCCCGCUUUUAACCCCAAGCUUCGCCCAUGACCUUUACUUGAUGAUGUCAUCAUUUCACUAUUGUUGUCUCUGUUUCUUGUUCGCACAAAAAAAAAACUCGUCGUCGGAAGAACUAAAACCCUAACUAGAGGGACAAUGACCGCUUUUUAAUAUUGAAAAGUACCCAAAGCCAGAAGAAUCACGGGCAGAAGACGGUCGCAAUUCCUGCGACUGUGAAUCUCUUUGUAGUAUCUACAUCCGGAAAGCCAUAAACGGAGAUUUGGGGAUUGCCAGGUUAAAAAUUACAAAAUUUGAUACAUGGUUACUUAUGAAAAUAAAUGGAAAAAAAUACAGACUCUUCUUGAUAACCCAAUAAUGAGAGUACUCAAAAAGGAUCAAAUAGAUCCUUCCACUAUUAACAAUCAAUCACUUAAGUCCUUCUACUAAAAAACAUCAUAUAAGUACGUUUACUUCUUAAAUACAAUCAUCAUCAUCAUCAUCAUAAUGAUGAAUCUUAUAAAAAUUCAUACCAAUUUGAAAAUAAAAUAAUAAUAAUAACAACAACAACAACAAUAAUAAUAAUAAUAAUAACAAUAAUGAUGAUGAUGAUGAUGACGAUGAUAAUGACGAUGAUGAGGAUGAUGAUGAUGACGACGACGACGACGACGACGAUGAUGAUGAUGAUGAUGAUACAAAAAGUAGCAUAAAUGUAAAAAAGCAUAACCAAUUUAAAAACAUUAUAAUAAAAAAUGAAAAAUCACAAAACUGUAAAAUAUUAAAUGUAAAAACCUUUUCAAUAGAUGUAGAAUAAGCAAAUAAUUUCAAAAUUUUAAAAAUAUUGACUUUGACAUCCUGCAAAUUUUCACUUUUUUAUCUAUGUUUCUUCAAUUUUUAACAGUUUUUAAAGUUUUUUAUAUAUAAAAAACAUGCUAUUACAGGUCAAAAACUAAACCAAUGGUCAAAUUGAUCAAAUUUUGAAAUGAGUGUACUUGUAUGAUACCAUUUAAAUACACGGACUUAAGUGAUGUUUCGGAAAUAGUAAAAGACCUUAUUUGACCAUUUUCUGUUCUUAUAUAGUGCACUCUCUUAAUGGAUUUUAUUUAUUUGUAGAAAUCUAUUGACUUCAAUAUUUGUAUAUUUUGAGGGUGUUUGAAAAAUGGUGUUACAAUAAAAAAUGAUGGUUCGACCCCCUUUUAACAUUUUCAGUAAGUGAAAAUGAUUUUUGGUAUAUAGCUAUUCGGCCCUAACGUUUUUGGAUAGAACCGUUGAAAUGGAAACGCUGCAAAUAAGAGGGUUUUGGGUUAAUGUUUUGAAAAUAUUUGUCAUGGCCAAACAGUUAAAUUACCAAACUCUUGGUCCUAAAUUUAUGUAGACUAACACACAGCUAGAUGAUAUUCAUCGAUAAACAGAGAGAAAGAAGAUCUGAUAAUGAUAAAGCAAUAUUGAGAACAGAAAAAUUCUUCUUCUAUUAUAUCAAGAACUAUUUUAACAGCGUAAGGCUAGAGAAUAGAAUAAUCGACUCUGGUACCUGUACAGGACGUGCAUAUUUAUAGGCGAUGUACAGGUUACUGAAUUAGGUAUACAUGAGAGUUUGGGUCUAAGCCUUUUUGGGCCUUAUUCCCUCACUACCAAUUAUUACAUAAUAAUACUAAUACCAUACAUGGUACAUCUAUUCUAAUUUAUUAAACAAGACAUUAUCGACAAACUUUAUUCACAAUAAAAUAGUUCUAACAAUCUCCCCAUUUGUGAUCAAGUGUUAUCUUGCUGGGUGUCUUCAGUUCUUAGCUCUGUAAUAGUGUUUGCGAAGGUUCAGUGCUUGCUCGUAGUUCCUGAGAGACUUUCUUUUGUCAAGUUGCUUCUCGAUUGCUCUUAGAACUUUCUCUAUUCGAUUUGACUCUAGGAUUUCAGCAUCUGAUGCAUUUGCAUACUUCUAUUGUCUCUCUUCAAAUUCCUUUCUGAUUGGUUGCAGCUUCUCCUUCACAAUCUUCAGUGUCCCAUCACAGUACUUGUUCAGCUCGUCAAUGAACAUCAUACGCUUCUCACCAUUGUGGUUUAGGUAGAUGAGAGUAACCAGGUGUCGAAGAUGUAGUAUGCAGGAAAAUUUUCAAGUUCUGGUCUGUACAGCUUUGGUCUUGAGAGGUUUGUUUUUGGCAGAUUUGUUUCAAGAGCCAUCUGAAGAUCAUGAGAGGCAACAAAUUUGAUUUGUUUAAUCAUAAAGCGCUUGAGUGCAUCAAAGCUGUCUUGAGUAGUUUUGUCACAAAUGCCGGGAAGUUCUUGGAAUGCUAGGUACAUCUGAUAGAUGUCAUCCAUCUUCAGCAUAUACAGAUCAUUUUCUUUGCAAAUGAAUUACGUCCCGUCAGAGCGCUGCAGGCGGUAAAAAGAGAGUAGAAUGUCUUGAAGAUUCACUUCAGAUACGUUAAGUAUACUCCAUACUGGAUCAAUUGUUGUUUUGCAGUUCAUGUUGCCACACUUCUCUCUGUUUUCCCGUGUAGUGAUGACUAAGCAGGAAUAGUUGUCCGCACCCGCUUGGUUUUAGAGGUGGUGCGGUCCACCCGGGCCCGGCCACCGGGCCGGGUCAAUACAGUACCGGGCCGGUUCUCGGGUCGGGUGGCCCAGUUGUAGUCCGGUUACAAUUUCAUCCAAACAUUUUAAUAUUUACUUCAACCCUCCAAAAAGUAGAUCCAAGUAUCCAACCACCUUUCUUAAACCACAUUAGAAGUGUUUUAACACACCCAAAACAAUUGCAUCGAUGUCCCUCGCGGUAACCCACCAGUCCACGAGAAACCAGCCAACUUCAAUUGGGGUGACUUUCCUUCUCUUUUCGUCUUUCCUCGUGACAUGAAAUCAAAUCCCGCUGACAAGAUCAUGUCUCCCUGGUUGUCAUUCGGUGACGUUUUAUAGCUCGUUAACUAACGGCCUUCUCAAAUGAGGUGGGCUCGGAGAGGGUUGUGUACUUCCGGGAACGCUGGUACAGCAGUUAUUGCCUCCCAUCCCCAUCGAAUGCCACUGGUCAAAACUCACAACUUGGUAGCCCACAAUUAUGGGGCAAGUGGGUACUUUUCUCCCAAUGUGAAUACAGAAAAGGCCGAACCUUUGCUUCGGGGAUCGAAAUUCACAGAAGGAUUAAGAAAAUGCAGAGCAAAUUGUGAUCUUUUCUUCGCCGCAGACCGCCCAUACAUAUGCCAUUGACGUCAGAUUCAAGAAUGUGAAAAGGAACGAGUGAGGAAAAACAGCCCCAUUCCCAUACCCUACCUGGAUCUACCCUCGCAGGCUUCCACUGAUUUGGGCUGCCACUCUCACUCCCGGAGAGGCAAUGGGAUUGGUUUGUGUGGGUGGAGGAGGAAGAGGACCCCAGAGGGUCACCCACCACCCCACGCAACCCCACCCUUCAGACGGUCAACAGCUCAACUUCACCCGUCGCAGUCGCCUGUAGGCUGUAGCCCCCACCCCCAUCCCGCAAAGAGAUCCUGUCUUCUGCCCAUUUUUUAUUCCAUACUUUUGCUGUACACUUGUAUGAUAAAAUGCUCAAGAGAGAUUCCUACUGGUUGGCUAUGUUACCCACUCUUAGCUGGAAAAACUCAAUUCCCAUCAUUUGCCUACUAGGCCUCGGUGCGUUUUUUGUUUCUUUCCUAUGAUAUUGGGAUAAAGUGGAGUGGGUCUUUUGCACAUGGAGUCAUCUUUGAGCUUUUUCCGACUUUUGGGGUUCCGGUUGAGUGGGUAAAAAGAGCUACGUUGCUGAACUUUUCUCCUUCACAUUCAUGUGUUGCUGUUGUAUUCUUCUAUAAAAACUGUCCACUCUUCCAUGUUGAUAUAACUUGAGUCUUGGUCAACUUUUCUUCUUCUUUAGUUGGUUCGGGGAACCCAUUGAUUGUACGGAAGCUGGAGUAUUUUGACUUAUUUUUUUAGGUGUCUGUUGGCAUAUUAUCUACCACUUCUAUCCUCAAUAUAUACUACUCCGUAAUAUACAAAUCCAAUAGUGUACCUGCUUAAAACUUUGCCAUUGGUUGUUCUUCCACGGUGGGUGGUCUAACUUUUAAAAUGAUUCUCUUCUUGAUCACAUCCUUCACCUUCAUCACCAUUUUCUACAAGUCUUUAUCUUUCAAGACAGUACCUCUAUGGGCUGCCGACUUUAGAUUGUUGUCCUUCUGUUUCUGGAAAGAUUUCUCUCUUGUUGGUUUGAUUCCUCCAAGAAUGCCACUACCCAGGAGCAAACCUGCUGUCUCCUCCGAGGCAGAUCAUGUUGAGAAUAUAUGUGAGAUGUCAGUCUUAGAUUUGCCUGACCUGGUGUUAGAAUGCAUUCUGGAAAAGCUCCCUCCACAGGGACUAUGUGAGCUGGCCAGUGUUUGUAGCUCCCUGAGGGAGAGAUGCAUAAGUGAUCAUCUAUGGGAAAGGCACUUAAAGCAAAAAUGGGGAAAGAUCAUUGGCCCUUCUGCCUACAGGGAAUGGCAGUCCCAUAUCGCUUCCAGAAAGGAUUCCAGUUUUUUUCACCAAUGCAAGAAGAAAGGCUUUCUAAUAAGUUAUCUCACUAGGUUUUGGCCUCUUUCUGCAACUCUUGGCCCUUCGGAAGGUGGUGACAAGAGAAGUUAUUUGCCACCUGUUGAUUCUAAAAUGUUCUGGUUUCUUGCUCUUGAAUCUGGGAAGUUUUGGUUCCCUGCUCAAGUAUACAACCGUGAGAAUGGUCACGUUGGGUUUAUGUUAUCUUGCUAUGAUGCUGAACUUAGCUAUGACUCCAAGACUGACACUUUCCAGGCUAGGUAUCCACCUCAUGGCAAGAUGGCAGUUGCAAUAGAGACUGGUGUGACAUGGGAUAGACUAAGAGCUCCUCCUGUUGAUACCUCUCCACAUGAUCUUCACAUCUCUGAUUGCUUGAAUGAUUUGAGCCCUGGGGAUCACAUUGAAAUCCAAUGGAGAAGAAACAAGAAAUUCCCAUAUGGGUGGUGGUAUGGCAUUGUUGGCCACUUGGAAACAUGUGAUGGGAUUCACAGCUACUGUCGUUGUAAUGAAAGUGACAGUGUAUCCCUCGAGUUCAAUCAAUACGCUGCUGGAUCGCGGUGGAGAAGAACGAUCGUUAGCAGAAAAGAGCACCGCGAGGAAGGAAACGAGGCGGACGGGUUCUACGGAGGAAUCAAGAAAGUUCACAGCAAAGAAGAGAUUUCAGCUUGGAAACGGCUCUGGCCAGUUGAAGACCUGGAAUAGAUCAGAUUUGGUAGAUGAACAUCACACUAGAAAGGGCACUUUGUAAAGUCACUGUCACCCGUUCUCUCUAAUCAUGGUUCUAAUCUUGGAGCGAGGUUACCUUGUAAUUCUUCACUUCAUAGAUAGUAACCGCAUCCUGUCCAGAAUGAUGGAAAGUGAUGAUGGAGUAUAUAAUUGGUGUGAUUCAACUGAUCUUUGUCGAACUCAAAAGCUAUUAAUUGAUUAUAAUAAUGGCUGUGGUGUCUUUUUCUCGUUGGGUUGUUGAAUGGAUAACUUUUAACACGUUUGGUACUUUGGUGCACAAAUAAAU